GAGGCAUGACUCAAGAAGCAGUGAUUCAAGCGUGCAAAGAUGGGGACCUGAUGUUUCUACGCGAAUGGCUCGACAAUAUUGAGACUGAUCCGAACGGAGCCAUAGACCAGCAUUUGUUCACGCCUCUGCACUGGGCCUCUUGGUAUGGACACAUGGCCCUGGUUGACCUCUUAUUGACCCCUCCUCAUAGUGCGAGGACAGAUGUGGUCAACAUGGGGGAGGACACUCCCCUGCACUGUGCCGCUCAGAAUGGACACACGCACGUGAUCAGACGGCUCCUGAGGACUACAGACAAGUCUGGCAAGAAGAACAGCUCAUUUAGACCAAUCAGCGAGGUGAAUGCAAUGAACCGACACGGAAACACGCCUCUGCACUACGCCGCCUUCUGGGGAUUCAAAGAAACGGCCCUGGAACUGGUCAAUCUAGGCGCCAAUGUCUCCCUCUGCAAUCGGCAGAACAACACGCCCCUGGAUGUGGCCAAGGGAAAGGUUACAGGAGUUCUGGCCAGGGAGUUGCGAGAGGCGGCGGAGAAUACGGGUCAACAGGUGACACGCAUCCCAUUCGAGACUGCAUUUGAAGAGGUGUCUACUAGAAUACGCACAGUCAGACCGAGAGAUGGCACCAUGCGUCGUUUUGGAAUCUCCAGUGACAAAAUAUCCAUGGACGAAGUGCAGAAUCUCCAAUCAGCUCCGAUGGGGAUGGUGAGUCAUCCCUGGAGAGAAUUGUUACAUGGAGUCAUACCAGGUGGUACGAAAGUGGUGGCGACCAGAGUUGUCCGGCCGCAGACAGCCGACCCCAAACGGGUGGCGCGAGAUUUCGACGCUGAGUGCAAAAAGCUAAAAGUGUUCUCACAUGCCAACAUUCACGGAGUGUUCAGCUGGAUCAACACCCCCGACUACAUGUUCCUCCUGUCUGAACUCACGCCACAACUCGGAACACUCUACGAGGUUUUACAUUGCAGAAGUGACGUGGUUUUGGAGGCAUCACAAAUGGCAAAGGUGGCUGCCAAUAUCGCCAGUGGCAUGGAGUUCCUGUUUGGAAUCGAACACACUGGAUUCCACCUCACCUCCAAAAGUGUCAUCAUAACUGACGAACUAGUUGCUAAGCUGAACAUGUCAGAGACAAAACUGUCCUUCGAGACCCCCUACAGAGAAUACAAUCCAGAGUGGUGUUCGCCGGAGUACCUGGACGCCUCCCACAAACCUAAUAAAUCCAAUGCAUCUGCGAGUGGAAAAGGAGGUACUGGUGUGGCCAUUAAUCCGAUUAGUCUGCACUCUGCUCAGAUUUGGAGCAUGGGCGUUGUUUUGUGGGAGUUACUGACGGGACAGAUCCCUUUUGCAGACAUGAACAGAUUCCAUAUUGGAUUCAAGAUUGUGUACUCCCGACUGCGACUUGACCUCCCUCGUCCUGAGUCGCUGAAAGAGAAGCCGCUAGUACACCUGUGCAAACUGAUGAAGAUGAUGAUGAAUGAAGACCCCAAUCAGAGACCCCAGUUCUCCAGAAUAGCACCCCUCAUGAACAAAAUCCAGUGAUGCUCAAUACACUGAGAACUCAGUUGACCUUAAUGCCUUAAUGUUCAUUAUGUCAUUUCUAUUCAUCCAUCACUCCUUAACGCGUAGUAAAUGCGUUCUUGCCAACAGUCUACAACCUUAUAUUGAAAACGCAAAAAAAUACCUGGUUUUGACAGAUUCAGUGAGCAUUUGGUUGUUUUGAAAAAAGGUUGAUUGCCAUCUGAUUUAAUUUUCUGUUCUUUCGAUGACUUUUCUCUCGCUCUUCUAUUUAUAUUAUUUUUUGUGCUUCCAGAUGCAUUUGAAUCAAAAAUUGUUAGCAGUUGUGAAAACCUUCUGAAAUAACAAGAUGUUAUAUAAUUCGCUUGGCAAUUUAAAUCACAAAUAAUUAAUAUUUCAUUUUGCUACACACAUU